GGCCCACGAGGCUUUCAGGCUCCCACGCUCGCUCCCUAGCGCGGCUCCGCCCGCCGCAUCACGUGACUCGGCCACCGAACCAGAGCUGCAGGGCCCAAGCCGGGCUAAGUUCGUUGCUGGUGGCCUCUGCGGGUGCAACCACAAAGGCUAAUCCGAAGGAGUGGGGAGGCUCGCGAAGUCGAUGCUUCCUCUUCCAAUUCAGGUCGGCUCCCGUUUACCUUCUCACCAUUCGCCGUUGCUAUAUUCCUGAGCGUUUGCAUGAGCUCUUUCGCGUGGGGAGGCUUCGGUGACCAUGUAGGGGGAAAAAGUGAGGAAGCUCCAGGUGCCUGGGACGAGGUCACCGCUGUUGGCACGGCUCCCCGGCUCUCCCCACGUCUCCAUUGCGGGCCGGUAGCCCCGUCAGCCCAGGUGGAAACUCCGGCCUGCAGUUGUGGCCUGGCAAGGAGCACCACGAAAUCUCGCGCCGUCUCGCGAGAGUCUAAGUUGAAGGAACAUGGCGACGUCUAAUCUGUUAAAGAAUAAAGGUUCUCUUCAGUUUGAAGACAAAUGGGACUUCAUGCGUCCAAUUGUUUUGAAGCUUUUACGCCAGGAAUCUGUUACAAAACAGCAGUGGUUUGAUCUGUUUUCGGAUGUACAUGCAGUCUGUCUCUGGGAUGAUAAAGGCCCAGCAAAAAUUCAUCAGGCUUUAAAAGAAGAUAUUCUUGAGUUUAUUAAGCAAGCACAGGCAAGAGUACUGAGCCAUCAAGAUGAUACAGCUUUGCUAAAAGCUUAUAUUGUUGAAUGGCGAAAAUUCUUUACACAGUGUGAUAUUUUACCAAAGCCUUUCUGUCAACUAGAGAUUACUUUAAUGGGUAAACAGGGCAGCAAUAAAAAAUCAAAUGUAGAAGACAGUAUUGUUCGAAAGCUCAUGCUUGAUACAUGGAAUGAGUCAAUCUUUUCAAAUAUAAAAAACAGACUUCAAGAUAGUGCAAUGAAGCUGGUACAUGCUGAAAGAUUAGGAGAAGCUUUUGAUUCUCAGCUUGUCAUUGGAGUAAGAGAAUCCUAUGUUAACCUUUGUUCUAAUCCAGAGGAUAAGCUUCAAAUUUAUAGGGACAAUUUUGAGAAGGCAUACUUGGAUUCAACAGAGAGAUUUUAUAGAACACAGGCACCCUCGUAUUUACAACAAAAUGGUGUACAGAAUUAUAUGAAAUAUGCAGAUGCUAAAUUAAAAGAAGAAGAAAAACGAGCCCUACGUUAUUUAGAAACAAGGCGAGAAUGUAACUCUGUUGAAGCACUCAUGGAAUGCUGUGUAAAUGCCCUGGUGACAUCCUUUAAAGAGACUAUCUUAGCAGAGUGCCAAGGCAUGAUCAAACGAAAUGAAACUGAAAAAUUACAUUUGAUGUUUUCAUUAAUGGACAAAGUUCCUAAUGGGAUAGAGCCAAUGUUGAAAGACUUGGAGGAACAUAUUAUCAGUGCAGGCCUGGCAGAUAUGGUAGCAGCUGCUGAAACUAUUACUACUGACUCGGAGAAAUAUGUUGAGCAGUUACUUACACUGUUUAAUAGAUUUAGUAGACUUGUCAAAGAAGCUUUUCAAGAUGAUCCACGAUUUCUUACUGCAAGAGACAAGGCAUAUAAAGCAGUUGUUAAUGAUGCUACCAUAUUUAAACUUGAAUUACCUUUGAAACAGAAAGGGGUGGGAUUAAAAACUCAGCCUGAAUCAAAAUGCCCUGAGCUGCUUGCCAAUUACUGUGACAUGUUGCUAAGAAAAACGCCAUUAAGCAAAAAACUAACCUCUGAAGAGAUUGAAGCAAAGCUUAAAGAAGUGCUCUUGGUACUUAAAUAUGUACAAAACAAAGAUGUUUUUAUGAGAUAUCACAAAGCUCAUUUGACACGACGUCUUAUAUUAGACAUCUCUGCUGAUAGUGAAAUUGAAGAGAAUAUGGUAGAGUGGCUAAGAGAAGUUGGUAUGCCAGCAGAUUAUGUAAACAAGCUUGCUAGAAUGUUUCAGGACAUUAAAGUAUCUGAAGAUUUGAACCAAGCUUUUAAGGAAAUGCACAAAAAUAAUAAAUUGGCUUUACCAGCUGAUUCAGUUAAUAUAAAAAUUCUGAAUGCUGGUGCCUGGUCAAGAAGCUCUGAAAAAGUCUUUGUCUCACUUCCUACUGAACUGGAGGAUUUGAUACCUGAAGUAGAAGAAUUCUACAAAAAAAACCAUAGUGGUAGAAAAUUACAUUGGCAUCAUCUCAUGUCAAAUGGAAUUAUAACGUUUAAGAAUGAAGUAGGUCAAUAUGAUUUGGAGGUAACAACAUUUCAGUUGGCUGUAUUGUUUGCAUGGAACCAAAGACCCAGAGAGAAAAUCAGCUUUGAAAAUCUAAAACUUGCAACUGAACUCCCUGAUGCUGAGCUUAGAAGGACUUUAUGGUCUUUAGUAGCUUUCCCAAAGCUCAAACGGCAAGUUUUAUUGUAUGAACCUCAAGUCAACUCACCCAAAGACUUUACAGAAGGUACCCUCUUCUCAGUGAACCAGGAGUUCAGUUUAAUAAAAAAUGCAAAAGUUCAGAAAAGGGGUAAAAUCAACUUGAUUGGACGCUUGCAGCUCACUACAGAAAGGAUGAGAGAAGAAGAGAAUGAAGGAAUAGUUCAACUAAGGAUACUGAGAACACAGGAAGCUAUCAUACAAAUAAUGAAGAUGAGAAAGAAAAUUAGUAAUGCUCAGCUGCAGACUGAAUUAGUAGAAAUUUUGAAAAACAUGUUCUUGCCACAAAAGAAAAUGAUAAAAGAGCAAAUAGAAUGGCUAAUAGAGCACAAAUACAUCAGAAGAGAUGAAUCUGAUAUCAACACUUUCAUAUAUAUGGCAUAAUUUUGAAUAUCAUGGACAAUAUUAAGAACCAAAAUUUUGGAGUGCUUGGGCAGAAAGUUCUUGCAGUUUGUGCUAGAGGAAGGUUUAUUUGGACUUUGAUUACAUAAAUAUUAAAAUCUCUGCCUUACCUAACAAAACAACUAUAUUUUGCCAAUCACAUUAGUUAGCAUGGUGGCAUUCCCUUCAUGUUGCACACUCUGUUUUAACAGCAUGCCGUUUUGUGGAGAAACUUGCAUUCAUGAAGAGCCCAUUAUGAACUUUAAAAAUCUGAUUUAUACCCACCGGAAGAAAUACAGUUGGGAAGGGUGAAAGUGGGGUUCUUGUUGCUUUUUUUUUUUUUUUUUUCUUUUUUUUUCUUUUUUUCCUCUCUUACAAAAAUGUACUUGCACAAGGAAGGAUCUUCAGAUGUUUGUGUGCUGAAAAAUGCUGUUACGUUUUGUUUUAAAAAAUGCAUUAAAACUAGAAAUAGCACUCUUGGUUUCUUUUGAUCAAAAGAGUGAGCUGGGCUACACAACAUUGGGACAGGGCAGAUAUAGGUGAAAAGAUAAGUUUAUAGUAGUAUCAAAUUAUAUGUUCAAACACUGCUUCAGUAUAGCAACUGGAUUUUAGUGGUGACUUAAAAAUGGUAUUAAAUUUUUCCAACUAAAAAAUGUUGGCUUUCUUUAAGCAGGAGACUACUGUCUUAGUUGUUUAUUGUUAAAUGAUGAGGAAUUUUUAAAAUCUUACAUGGCUAAGAGAGCUUGUUUUGAAAAAGUGAAGCUCAUUAAUUAUUAUUUUAAUUGUUUAUAAAAAUGUAGGGAGAUAGGUAGGUCGAUUGUAGAGUCAAAACAGCAAAAAAGCAUAUUAAGUGUUUACUAAGACACUUAAUAUUUAUAUAUUAAUAUUUAUUAUGCCAUAUUCAAAUUUAUUAAAACAAGACAGAAGUCUCCUGCUUUAAUAUAAUACAGUUAUGUAACUGACCUCUUAAUCUGUAGCAUAGAAAUAUUUUGAAAUUUUAAUGUCUCAUGAUUAGGGAUUUAUAACCUCAGGUUUCUGGAAAGGAAGACAUUCUGUUUUAAAAAGUAAUAAUUAUCAGUCACCUAGGAGGAAGAGAAAAACCACAACAUAGACCUGAAAAGCAUAAGCAAAAUUGUUGCAAUCUUAAUAUGAGCAGUAAACUUGCCAAAUAUAUGUACAUAUAUAUUUAUAUAUU